UUUUAAAAAAACUAACAGUGGGCGUCUGGGCCUGAGAGAACCCACACCCAGAUGGGCCAAAACGCGGAAAGGCAACCCCACCCACGCACGCCGUUUCGUCUCCGCCGCCCCCCACUUCGCCGGCGCGCGCACUCCAUCGAAAACCUGGCGCUGCGCGCAGUGUCUGCCGGCGAUCUCCUCCGUCUCCUCCCAUCAUGCGGCACCCUCCCCUCCCUGCGCGCCCUCCACGCCCGCCUCCUCACCCACACCCAUGGCCUGCUCCUCGGCAGCCUCCGCGCAAGCACCAAGCUGCUCAGCUGCUACGCCGCGGUGGGCGACCUCGCCUCCGCGCGGAUGGUGUUCGACGGGACCCCCCACCCGGACGCGUACUCCUACGGGGUCAUGCUGCGAUGCCUCGUCAACGCGGGGCGCCACGCAGAAGCCGUCGCGCUGCACCAGGACAUGCGGCGGCGGUGCCCCUGCCCCGAGGCGCAGGACGACUUCGUGCUGUCGCUCGCGCUCAAGGCCUGCGUCAGGUCAUCGGAGUACGGGUACGGCAGGAGGCUGCACUGCGACGCCGUCAAGGCCGGUGGCGCGGACGGCUUCAUGAUGAACAGCUUGAUUGACUUCUACGCCAAAGCCGGGGACUUGGAGUGCGCCCGCAACAUGUUCGAGAGAAUUCCCGAUCGGAGUGUGGUGUCCUGGACCUCGAUGCUAAGCGGGUGCGUCCAGAAUGGUUUUGCUGCAGAUGGACUGUUUCUGUUCAACGAGAUGAGGCGAGAAAGUGUGCAGCCGAGUGAGUACACGAUGGCUAGUGUUCUUGCUGCCUGCGCCGCACUCAACAGUUUGCACAAAGGGAGGUGGAUCCAUGGAUCAGUGAUCAAACAUGGCUUAAUUUAUAACUCUUUCAUCAGUGCAGCCUUGUUGGAUAUGUAUGUUAAGUGCGGGGAGGUAGCGGAUGCUCGACGCGUGUUUGAUGAGCUCAGCUAUGUUGACAUUGUUCUUUGGACCACGAUGAUUGUGGGGUACACACAGAAUGGGAACCCUCUUGAUGCAUUACGGAUGUUCCUUGACAAGAAAUUUCUAGGCAUUGUUCCAAAUUCAGUUACCAUGGCAACUGUUCUUUCAGCUUCUGCCCAGUUACGUGACCUGUCUCUGGGAAGGUCAAUUCAUGGGAUAGCUGUUAAAUUAGGUGCGGCUGAUUAUGAUGUGGUGGUGAAUGCGUUAGUUGACAUGUAUGCAAAGUGUCGAGCAAUUUCAGAGGCCAACAACAUAUUUGGAAGGAUUUUGUACAAGGAUGUUGUCACAUGGAAUUCAAUGAUUGCAGGCUAUGCUGAGAAUAACAUGGGCAUUGAUGCUCUGAUGCUUUUUAAACAGAUGAGGCUGCAGGGCGUUUCACCUGAUGCAACCUCAGUGGUGAAUGCUCUGUCAGCUUCUGUUUGUCUGGUUGACCUGCUUAUUGGUAAAUCAUUCCACAGUUAUGCUGUUAAACAUGCAUUUCUCUCCAAUGUUUAUGUCAACACUGCCCUACUGAACCUGUACAGCAAGUGUGCUGAUCUCCCAUCUGCUCGUAGGGUGUUCAAUGAGAUGAAUGACCGUAAUUCUGUGACAUGGUGUGCUAUGAUCGGGGGUUAUGGAAUGCAAGGCGAUUCUGCUGGUUCUAUUGAUCUUUUCAAUGAAAUGCUGAAAGACGGUGUGCGCCCAAACGAUGUAGCAUUCACAAGCAUCCUAUCCACUUGCAGCCAUACUGGGAUGGUUACUGCAGGGAAGAAGUAUUUUGAUAGCAUGGCACAGCAUUUCAACAUCACACCAUCCAUGAAACAUUAUGCUUGUAUGGUCGAUGUGUUAGCCCGUGCAGGAAAUCUCGAGCGAGCAUUGGAAUUCAUAUAUAAGAUGCCAAUGCAAGCAGACGUUAGUGUUUGGGGAGCUUUUCUCCAUGGAUGCAGGCUCCAUUCAAGGUUACAGUAUGGAGAAGAAGCUAUCAAGAGGAUGAUGAUGCUCCAUCCUGAAAGACCAGAUUUAUAUGUGCUGAUAUCAAACUUGUAUACCUCAUAUGGGAUGUGGGAAAAAUCUCUAGCUAUCCGGAGAUGGAUGCAGGAAAAAGGACUAGUCAAGUUACCUGGGAGCAGCUCCAUAGGUCAUGAAAAUGGAUGAUUGAAAGAUGCUUUCAGUCUUUCAGAACUUAGAACAGGAGCGGGUGGUGACUGCGGAUCCACGCUGGGGUCCCUUUGUGCAGAUGGUGACGGCGGAACCAUGCUGGGGUCCCUUUGUGCGUGUAGUGACGGCGGACCCAUGCUGGUUGUUGGCGUUGGCGAUCUUGGCCUUGGGCUCUGAGCCGAUGCUGCGGGAUCUGUGGCUCCUUGCGGAAUCUUAUGUAGCGCUUGUUCCAACAGAUCCAAGUGUGGAGCGCAUGUUGUAGCUCCCCUUCUCCAUCGCCUCUAGGGAUCUCGAGGUGGAGGUCUUCCCAUCCUUUCUCGACCCGGUCAACCAUGACUCUAGCCAUUGUUAAAAGUGAAAGCAAUCAAUGAAGCAGAAUAUUAAGACAUUGAUCGGUGACACAAUCUCUGGAAAGUUGUUUCAACUUCCAGGGAUCAGAUGGUUCAUUUUUUUUAGCACUACUCUUGAGACGAUGCAUAUAACAGUUGAGGUAUGCUAAGACCUUCCAGUUGCCACAACGUUGCAGUCUUUUUCACGAAUGUGUCUGAGCAUGUUUUUCAUUAAGAGGAGAAUAACAUUUCAGUCUUCACUUGGCAUAUUGUUUAUAUAUUGAAGGCCUGGUGAAUUAGACUCCGCUGGACUCUCUAUCUGGUGCUGGCCACAAUCACAAUUCACAAGGCAAUGGCCAUACCAAGUUCUCACUACUUAAAAAGUUUUGAUGCUCUAUGUGCAAGGAGGCUGUGCACAUCUGAACUCGCGAAGAACCUUUAGUGACCUAACAGAGGGCACAAAAAUGUCCUGGUUAUAUAGUGUAUGGCUUCUAGGUUGUAGCAGCUAGGCACACUGUAAUUAGGUAGGAACACAUGAGCUACUCAUAUUGUUCACUGUGAUAUUUCUUAUCUGCUCGACAAAGUACUCAAAUGUUUCUUUCGUUCAUAUGGUAUCAGGAGAUAGUGCUCUCAUAUUGCUAUCAGGUGAUGGUGCAUGAGUGCUCUACUGCUGUGCAGCAUGACCUGACUUUUAUCUGACUAAUUUACAUAACUCUUUGGCCGAUUGCAGCAUGAAGUAUCCAUAUUUAGACAAAGAAGAUGGCAUCCAUUAGCUGAAGUCAAGAUGUAGAAGAAUCAGAGUGAAAUUGAGCACAAAGUACAGAGCCAAUGCUGAGAUAUUGUACACCUUUCAACAUGUUAGGCAUAAAAGCCAACCCCAAUUAACAUUACACUAGAAAAUGGUGAAGCAAUAAUACUUUGAUAUCAGAAAAAACAAGUGACCAAGUUUGCCUUUUGGCUUCUGACAGUUCUGGGUACAAUGUGCACUCCUUUUACCUCUGCGCAAAAGAUACAUAUUUUUAUGUACUUUACAUCAUUGUUCAA